GUCAUAACCUCACCUUAAACAAUUCUUUUUCCUCCCUUUCACGAAUCUUCUAAACGUGGUUAAAAACAAGGUGAAAAAUUUUGGACUAUGGCUGAUAUACAAAAUGAAAAAGCUUUCCAAAAGCAAUUUGGCAUUAAUUUGAAUCGCAAAGCUAAUCCAACUUUGAAAAAAAAAAAAUUGCUUCGCCGCCAUCGAGAUAUAGGAUUGGGUUUCAAAACUCCACGUGAAGCAAUUGAAGGAAAUUAUAUUGACAAAAAAUGUCCAUUUACUGGUAAUGUUCGAAUCCGUGGAAGAAUUUUAACUGGAGCUGUGGUAAAGAUGAAGAUGCAGAGAACCAUUGUUAUUCGCCGGGAAUAUUUGCACUAUGUCAAAAAAUACAGCAGAUUUGAAAAAAGACAUAGAAAUAUGAGUGUUCAUUUAUCGCCAUGUUUUAGAGAUGUUGAAUUAGGCGAUAUUGUAACAAUUGGUGAAUGCAGACCACUCUCAAAAACAGUGCGUUUCAAUGUUCUUAAAGUAACUAAGAGUAUUGGUGCAAAAAAAAGUUUCAAGAAAUUUUAAGAAUUAAAAAUAAAUAAAUACAUAAUGUGAAUGAAAA